GUUCAGCUAACGCAGGUAGAGAAAGCUGGUGUUACGUCCUGGUCGUUUGACAGCGUUCGUCGUUUUCUCCACAGAAAACAAACAUGUAAGAUACAUUUACGCGGCGAGCUCUGUGUGAACAGCAGACCCAUCCGUCGCUGCUGCGGGCUGUUUAUCGGUGAGAUCCAGGCUCAGCAACGGAGAGCAGAAAAAAAGAAAACGGCUAAUCACGAUACUGUGUGUUUUAGCAUCGAUGCGCUAGUUUGCUUGACAUGUAGCUCGUGUGGAGGUUUCUGUGACAUAUCUUGAGACUUUUUAAUGUCAGUCGGUGUAAUUCGUGCUACGAGAAGCAGCCAAGCUCGCGAACCCGGCAGGCCUUAGCGUGCGCUUGUUUUCUACUUUGAAACGUUAGCAGGUUCGGUGCAGCGUGCUAACAAGUCAGCUAACUCGCACUUAGAUACGAUAAAGAGUUAGCGCGGACGCAGCAUUAUAAUGAGUUUCUUUAGUUUUGGUCAAAGCGCAGAAAUCGAUGUUGUCCUGAAUGACGCCGAAACGAGGAAGAAGGUUGAGCACAAAACUGAAGAUGGGAAGAAAGACAAAUAUUUUCUUUUCUACGACGGCGAGACUGUCAGUGGAAAGGUGAAUGUGACGCUGAAGAACCCCGGGAAGAGGCUGGAGCACCACGGCAUCAAAAUUGAAUUUGUGGGACAAAUAGAGUUGUAUUAUGACAGAGGAAACCAUCAUGAAUUUGUUUCCCUGGUGAAAGAUCUCGCAAGACCUGGUGAAAUAACUCAGUCCCAGACCUUUGACUUUGAGUUCACUCAUGUUGAGAAACCUUACGAGUCCUACACAGGCCAGAAUGUCAAGCUAAGAUAUUUUCUUCGUGCCACGGUGAUAAGAAGACUAAAUGACAUCACUAAAGAGAUGGACAUUGUGGUCCACACACUGAGCACCUAUCCUGAGCUCAACUCCUCCAUUAAAAUGGAAGUUGGAAUUGAGGACUGCCUCCACAUCGAGUUUGAGUAUAACAAAUCCAAGUACCAUCUGAAAGAUGUAAUUGUGGGAAAAAUCUAUUUCCUGCUGGUGAGAAUUAAGAUUAAACACAUGGAGAUUGACAUCAUCAAACGUGAGACAACAGGCACAGGCCCCAGCGUUUACCACGAAAAUGACACUAUUGCCAAGUACGAGAUCAUGGAUGGAGCGCCGGUCAGAGGAGAGUCCAUCCCCAUCCGAUUAUUUCUGGCUGGAUAUGAUCUGACCCCCACCAUGCGAGACAUCAACAAGAAGUUCUCGGUGCGCUACUACCUGAACCUGGUUUUGAUUGACGAGGAGGAGAGACGUUACUUCAAACAGCAGGUACGACUGGAAGCAAAACAUCACACAGCGUUUUUACAUUUAGGAAAUCACACUGUGGAGAAAAGGGGACGUGGUGAGGAAAAGCAUGUCUCACCAGGCUGCCAUCGCCUCUCAGAGGUUCGAAGGAUCAGCCGCUUCAGAGAGCGCACUGGAACAGGCUGCAAAAGAGGAGAGCGGGUAGAGCCUCUCACGGGACUCACAAAGGGUCUGCACUGGGGUGGUGGGGGGUACAUGUGAACUGUACAACAUCUGGAGAGGCAGCUGCUUUACUUGUAGCUGCUGCUUCUGGUAAAGUAAGAAGGGAGACCGACAUACGGUAAAACUGUGUGAACUAUGAAACAGUUUGCAUGAGGCAUUCAAAUGGGCUUCAGGCUGCUGGUCCUAUCCUUCCUCAUUAAUGCAUUUUUUUUUGGGGGGGGCGGGUUCUUUUUGGGAAUCAAAGUAAACCCAUGUCUCAUUGUUCGCUGGGUAAAACCAUGUGAAAUUGAAUUUUUAAGCCUUCUGUUUGUUACAUUCUAACACUUUUGGGAUCAAUUGAUUUCUAAUCUCAUAAUUAUUUCAAACGAAUGCUCAUGAAGUGCAUCUCCGACAUUCCACGUUUAAUGAAUGCAUUCCUAACAUUGUUCUAAGGUCAAGAAAUCCAAGAUAACUUUGCACUGCUUUACCUUGCUGAACACAUUUUUCUGUGUUUGUGUGUUUGCACAAAAAAGGAUGGAAGUGGAAACUCUAAUCUCUCGCUGCUGUUUGAGUGAGAGAGCUAAAGUAUUAAUCCACACGUUUGUUUUUAAACCUGUAAAUAAGGCCAGUUAAACCUGUUAUCCUGUUUCCAGCUCGUGUACACAGACUAUCUAGUACACAGUGCUACAAAAUGACGUUUCAUGUCCAUAAGCUUUACCUCAGCAUUCCAGUGGUGUUAGGAAAGGAUGUCAAAGUGUUUGUCUUGAGGUCUGAUAGUAUGAAGUCUUCUGUAUCCUCUUUAUUAGAGACUUAAAAGUUGUGCCUACGUGUAUCAAGCUAAUUGAAUCCUCCUGCCUCUAACAUAAUUUUAGUCUUUUAACCAGAGAAAGUUACAGUAGAACUAUCUUUUGCAAAAUGCUACUCGAUUACUCCUUGUUCCCAAAAGUCUAAUAAAUUGAUGCCAAAUGAAUUAAAUUCUCUGCG